CUCGCUCAUCUGCAUUAUGUAAUUCUGGCACUCGAUUUUUCUUUUUUUUUCAAGAUUUUGAGUAGCGUAGAUGUUGAAUUUUUGGUGGCACCUUAACCAUGGGAACACAAGAAGCGAGAAAAGUAAACCGGCAUUGGUUCAAUCACAAUUAUGAUGGAUGAGCCGAUGCGGGAAUUCCUUUGGCGCAAAAUCCAAUCGUUGAAAAAUGUCCAGUUCUUCACGCUGCAAGAGCCGUGGCUGGACAUGCACCUCCCCUAGCUGGUCUUGAAGGAACCUCUCGAUGCCGAGGAGACUCUACGCCUUUAUGCAACAAAUGAACGCCCUGUAUCCCUUCAACAUCCUGGACUUGGAGAAUAUCAGGGGUUCCUAAAGCACCUUUAAAUCCAGAAGUCGGCUCCAACGCUCGGAAUUGGGUUUGUUGACUUGGGCACUUUGCAAUGAAAAGUAUGGCGGCAGUCAGGUGAUCGUUGCCAGUCAGGAGCCGCGGGUGACAGCUCUUUUUGGCUCCCAUUUAGUUUGGAACGACAUCUGACCAUCCUGCCCUACGAGAUACAAUGUUCGAGUGCAUCGGCAGAGGUAGACUCUUUGGAGUCUGUUCGUAUUCAUACGGCUCUGGAAGCUUACAGGAACGGAUGAAGUCAGACCCUCGGAACAUGUUCUACAUGCGGAGCAAGCUGCUGGAGAAGGGCAUCAUCACAAAGCAGCUGCACAUUCUGAAGGGCACGGCCACCAUGUGCCGCACGUACCUGUUCCAGUUAUCCAGGUUCCACACGCCCUUACAAUCAUUACGCCAGUACAUCAGAAGAGGUUGCUGCACACCCUGCAGGCUUCGCUGGCUCGCAGGAUGAUCCACACUGAUCAUUGGUCCGAGCAGAAAAGUUUCUUUUCCAUAUAUAUUUGACGCUUUGCUACCCAUCACAAGCCAAUUAUCUUUGCUAUUCAGCAAGUGUAGGAGGCGCCGAAGUUGGACGUGGGCAUUUUGCCUGGCGACCAGCUGGGCGCCGGCGGCCUCGACUCAGCGCUCUUCAGCUUCAUGAAGCGCAACUGGAACGCCGGCAUCCUGCCCAAGGACCUGUGACUCGUCGUGCAGGCCCUGAGGAAGGGCAAGGUCGGCAGAAAGGUGCGCGUGCAGAGAAUUGAGGUCAAGCUGAGAGGAAGAGCCGGCACCGCCAAUGCCGGUGCCAAACCCAGGCAGGAAGUGCAUCGCCUGCAAGGUGCUCAACCAGACCAUGUUGAAGGCCAGGAAUCGCGAGGAGGCCUCUGCUCUCAGAGGCUUCUGCACCAAGUGGAGUCAUGAGGAGGACAGUUUACUGCUGCUGCAACUGCAAGGCGGCCAUGAUAUGUUCCUGUCUUUGGACGCGGUGCCAGUGAAAGUGAAGGUGCCGAUCAACGAGCGUUCACAGGAUGAAAAUUAUGUUAAACAAAUUGGAGACCUGCAUGUCGCAGGUCGGCAUGUACUUCUAGGUUGCCCAUCGUUGUCCUAAAUCAACGCCAAAAUUGCUCUGAUGGGCGACAGUGUGUUUAAGUACAGUGACGCCGCUUUCAAGCUCUAUGAGGACUUCCAACCACGAAUCAUAAACCGUCGUGCCAGACACGCUUGUCAUGAACUGUCCCGGUGACUGAUUUUCAAGAGUUGGGUUUCGUACAGAGGCGUUGAUCCUUCCAAAAGACUGCGGUUAUGAAUUUUUCAGUGGCCGCUAACAGGAGAAGAGGCGGCCGGUGGCUGGAUAAGAGGACCUGUGUAAUUUUCAGAAAAAUAUCCGCCAGCUGGACACCUGGUCCAAAAGCACUCCCUCUGGGUACAGCUUCCUCCAGAGGCCAUCAAGACAAACUCGGCAACAUCCGACCAAGGGAAGGCCUCUAGCAGGAGAAGCUGCAAAACGAGGAGAGUGGCUUGAAGACCAUGGCAAAGUCUGUAUGAGAACUUCCCACUCAUCGAGGGCCGCCGCGUGGAGGUGCACUGUUGCGAGUGUCUGAGGCUAAUGAGCGUGAAGGAAUUCGUCAAGCACCUCUCUGUCUGCCUGAAAAACGGAGCGCAGUGUCCUUUGUGCGGCAGGUGCAAGCCGAUGGAAGGCCUUUCGUCGCACGUCCUGCGCCACUUUAUCCUCAACGAGCUUCGACAGCCCGUUUGCUGCCCUUUGUGCCCAUCUGUGCUGUACAACGAGGCCAACCUGACGAUGCACGAGCUCUCCAUCCACCUCUGAAGCUGCGAUAAGUUUAUUUUCUUUUAGCUUCGUACAGGACAGCACGAACAGUGAUUUUUAUUUAGAGAUACUUUAGUUUUAAGAAAUCCAACCCUGAUGUGGGAUGGAGUAUCAGUCAAUAACCCUUAAAAGGAAGGUGUAAGAGAGACACUGAGAAUUUCUGGGGAUGAAUUAUUUUUGUUUUCUAUUCGUAUACGUUUAAAUAGCGAAAAAUUCUCAGAAUAUUGUUAAGAAAUGUUCAAAAUCUUUUUUUUUUUUUUUUUUUUUUUUUUUUGAAAAUAAAAAGCCUUUCUGUAUUAUAUUUGGCUCAGAUUUAAUUUAUUAAAACAAAAUU